UGUCUCUAUACAAACAUACGACAAUUUUCUGACAAGUAUCCGCUUCUACCGCUCCUUGGUGACGAUCGCAAGGUCCGCAAUCGCAGCAGAACUGUCAUCAAUCGGGUCAUAAUUUUCUUGAAUGAAUCGCGAUAUUGGCUGGCGCCCGUCAUUACCUUGAUAAUUAUUGAAGAUCAUAGCUUUUUAGUAUGGGGAGGGUGAAGCUGAAAAUUAAGAGAUUAGAGAACAUCAGCAAUCGACAAGUGACGUUUUCUAAAAGAAGGAAUGGAAUAUUAAAGAAAGCCAAGGAAUUAUCGGUGUUAUGUGAUAUUGAUAUCAUCCUUCUUAUGUUCUCUCCAACUGGAAAGCCUACAUUAUUCACUGGACAACGCAGCAACAUUGAUGAGGUUAUUGCGAAGUUUGCUCGACUAACGCCUCAAGAAAGAGCGAAAAGGAAAUUGGAGAGCCUUGAAGCUUUGAAGAAAACGUUCAAGAAGCUGGACCAUGAUGUAAAUAUACAAGACUUUGCGGGUGCAAGCAGUCAAUCAGCUGAGGAUUUAAGCAACCAUGCAAUGAUGUUGCGAUCUCAACUUGCUGACAUACAUAAGCGACUAAGUUAUUGGAGUAAUCCAGACAAGAUCGACAACAUUGAACAUCUUAAGCAGAUGGAAGAUUCCUUAAGGGAGUCACUUGACCGCAUUCGUAUACACAAGGAAAAUUUUGGACAGCAAAAGCUUAUUCCGCUAGAUUGCAUGAGCCAGUUCCAGAACGGGUUGCAUUUGCCUCUGAUGAUGGCCAACACCCAAGAGGAUCAGAAUUUACCAUGGCAUCCAAACAACGAAAAUCAGAAUUUGAUCUUACCAGAGAAACAAAAUUACAUGCCUCACAGAGAUGGUGAGUGUUCUGGGAUGUCAAUUACAAACUAUUCUGGUUUGUUUGGUGCUGGCAAACAGCUAGAGAUGGAUGGUGCAGGAAAAGUCGACUGCACCAGGCAGGAUGGUGGUUUGGCUGAACUGUGUAGUACAUCAAACUUAAGACCACAAUUAAGUGAGCAAUUUCCAUUUCAUCCAUAUGGUAAUCUUAAUUUUCAACAAUCAAAAGAAGUGAAGCCUGAGACAGCAACUAGCUUGCACGGAUUUUUAGAUUAUUCAAUGAAUUGCAAUUUCGAAAUGCCUAGACCUGUCUACAAUGACAAUGUGUGUCAUGCUUGGAACCCUGAUCCCGGGCCUUGUCCUCUUCCCAUGAUUGAUGGGAACUCUUAUUCUCAGUCCCCGCAACCAGAUCAUCUAAUGACGAACAACCAAAACUGAAGGAUCACGCUCAUCUCAAACGUAUGUACAACUUCUACUUGGACUCGAGUGGUGUUGACUGCAAAAUUCACAUGGUUUCCUCGAGUUUUUUUCAAGAUAUAGGCAUAGAAUACUUUAGUUGUAUAGUAUGAAUCAUAAAGUAUUAAUGCAUCUUAUAACAUCUUUGAUCUCUUUCUUCGAAAUCAAGAAGUUUACUUUCUGCUGA